AUGAGUGAAUUUGAUUCUGAUGUCCCAAAAAUCCCUGAUUAUACUUUAUCGGAAAAGCAAUUCCUUUUAUCAAAGAAUCUUGAUAACGCUGGCCACCGUGAAGAGUUAGUCAAAGAACUUCUUGAAUCAAUCAAAGAGAAAAAAUUGGCACCAUAUUAUAAAUAUUUGACAUCUGAGUUACCCGAAAUAGUGAAAUUCGAUCAAGCUUUGUAUAGUUCAUUAAAAAGUGAAAACGAAAAACAAAUUGCUGAGUUGAAUAAAAAGAUUAAAGAUGCAGAAGAGGAUGAUGAAACUAAAGAUGAAAUCUUACCUUCUACUAUCCGACUUGCCGAGUACUACACUGAGAUCAUUGAUAAGCAAAAUGCUAUUGCCACUUAUAAAAAAGCUUUAGAAUUGACUCAAAGCACUGGUUCUAAGAUUGAUAUUUUAUUGACUUUAGCUAGAAUUGAAUUUUUCUUCAAUGAUUAUCCUGCAGUGGCCAAAUACUUGGAUCAAGUCAAGGCUCAAAUCGACAAAGGUGGUGACUGGGAACGUCGUAACCGUUAUAAAACUUAUCAUGGUAUCUACUUGUUGGCUACAAGAAAUUUUUCUGAGGCCGCUAAAUUAUUAAUUGAUUCCUUAGCAACUUUCACUUCCACUGAAAUAUGUUCUUAUGAACAAGUUGCUCAUUAUUCUAUUGUUGCCGGUGUAUUAUCCUUAGAUAGAGUUGAUCUUAAAUCGAAGAUUAUCGAUUCUCCAGAAAUUUUAUCCAUUUAUUCAUCCACUUCAUAUUUGGAACCUUUAAUCAAUUUAACAAACUCUUUAUACACUUGUCAAUAUAAUUAUUUUUUCCAAUAUUUAUUGGAAACUCAUGAUAAAUUGUUAUUGACCAACAAAUAUUUAAACCAACAUGCAAAUUAUUUCUUAAGGGAAUUGAGAUGUAAAGCAUAUGGUCAAUUAUUAGAAAGUUAUAAAUCCUUAUCCUUAAAGUCAAUGGCUAGAAAUUUCAGUAUUAGUGAGGAAUUUUUGGAUCAAGAUUUAUGUAAAUUCAUACCAAAUAAAAAAUUGAAUUGUACCGUUGAUAAAGUUAACGGUAUCAUCGAAACAAAUAGACCUGAUAAUAAGAACAGCCAGUAUCACUUAUUGAUUAAGCAAGGUGAUAACUUAUUGACCAAAUUGCAAAAAUACGGUGCCGCAGUUAAAUUAAGUGGUGCUGAACGUGUUGCCUAA